GAUUACCAAGAGUGGAAGAGGGAACUCAUCAGGAUAGACUAUAUUUGGAGAGAGAGAGAAAAAGAGAAGAAAGGUUCCGAUACCGGGAAGAGACCCUAUUCGGAACAAAAGAAAGAAGGAGAGAAGAAGAGAGACGGAACCGGAUAUACCUAUACCGGUGGCGGAGAAAGAAUGGAGGUGGACAAAGCAAAGUUCCGCACUGAGGGACGAUGCUACCGAUGCGGAGAAAAGGGACAUAGAAGCUUCGAGUGCAAAGACGCACAAAAAAAGAAGCCACAAUUUAAUGUCCGAGAGUUCUUAGAAAAGAUGACGAAAGAGGAAAGGGAAAAACUCCUUGAGGGUUUUUAA